AGCAUCUGUCAUUUUGACAGUUUGAAAAAAUGUAUAAGCAAAAAUACUUUUAAUACUUCUGAUCACAAGUCAUUCAUUUAAUGAUGAAUAAUAUGUUCAAGUAAAAUGUGGUGUUUAAAAGAAUGCCAGAGUUUAAUGUAUCCAAAUCUUGGAUAUCGAUUCGACAACAGAAAGCAGAACUUGAUUUCACUAAAUUCCAUGACAUGAGUGGAGGACACGCAGGAAAUAUACAUGAUAUAUUAAACGUGGAAGCAAUAAGGAACCUUUUAAAAUCUAAUGUAACUUUAAGCGAAACUGACACAGUAAUUAUUUAUACAAAUAAAAAUUAUUCAGAAGCCAGUAUUAAUGAUGACUUUGUUACUGUGGAUAGAGAUUCUCCCAAGAUAGAUGAAGUGGAGCUUUGUUGUACGUUACCUGGACAUGAAUUAUCUGAGAUAUUCAUACCAAGAGAGACCACUAGAAAAAGAUUAUGGAAUUGGAUAAAAUCACAAUUCCACAAACCUAGUUUAUGGAAAAAUCGUAACAUUUAGUAAAUAAGAUGGAUAUAUUAUUUGUCAUUAAAUGCAAUGAAACUUA